AUGGCCGGUGCCAAUUAUAUGGGAGGGAAGCGUAACGCUGCUAGAGUACGUGCGAAGGACGCAACGAGAAAAGCACAGCGCACUUACUUUGGAAAGCAAAAGCUCGGUAUUCUCACAAAGGGUCUCAGCAAAUCCUACGAUAAGUCCGCAAGGCCGUCCGGACGCACUGGAACUUCUGCUGCGGAUAUAUCACUUGCUCAUGCCAAACGAUUCAAUCCUCUGCGAGCUGCUCCAAGUCCCUCAAAAUUCGCUGAAUUGUCUCAUACACCAAUGUCGAGCAAGAACACGAGCUCCCCGCACAUCAAGUCCAGUAACAGCGACCGAAGCCUGAGAAGCACAUCGUCGAGGAUCCUCAGGGCCUUGGACACCUCUCAGGCUCAUCCUAUAUUCAUGAGGGCUGAGAUGGACCGCAUACGUACCAUACCGAACCUUGCAGGCUUGAUGCCGAGGAGUAAUAAGGAACCUCACGACGAAGACGAAGACGGCCCUGGAAGCGAUGAUCAAAAUGAUGAGCUCUCAGAACUCGACGCAGAGAGAUCCAAGGUAGUUUGGGGCUUUAUUCUAUUAGGACAUAAGGUGAUGUUGAAGCGUUUGUCAUUUGAAGUCAAUAUUUGGGAGCCCGUCACAUCGGUCGCACGACAGCUCACAUGGACAGUCGCACCAACAAAAUUCAGGACGAAUGGGAUUAAGGGACUGGAAUUCGACGACAAGAGCUUCUUCUCAAGGCCUUCAUAG